UUUUGUUUGUUUGAACCAUCUAUUUCUGUGUGCGUUUGCGGCAAGCACACAGACGCAUAUUCUGUCCUGUGCCUGUGCGCGCCUAAAAGCAAGCACUGCUAAGGCCACUUACAGCAGUCAUACAGAGAGCAAUGCCCUGGCAGACCGUCGACGCGCGGCCGCAGAAGCGCCGCAAGGGCGACGCCGUCGAGGACGCCGAGCGGCGCGAGCUGCGGCUCCGCCGGACCUACAACGAGGCGGCGGCGGGCCACGCCGCCCUCGCGGCGAAGGCGGCCUCGGCGCCGCCCGCCGACGCCGUCGCGGCGCUCUACGAGAAGAUCCUCGAGGACGUGGGCUCCGCGGCCAAGGAGAACGAGGCGCCCUGGGACGCGGCGCUGCGCCUGGCCUGCGCGCGGCACCUCUCGGAGCUCCUCGAGGCGGCCGGCGACCGGGCCGGCGCGCUCGCCGCGGCCUGCCGGGCCGCUGACGCCGGACGGAACGACGCCGGGUUGUGGCUGCGCGUCGCGCGCCUCGCACGAGUCGCGGAGGGCGUCGCCGCGGCGCGCGUCGCCGUCGGCGCGCUCCAGCGCGCGGCCGCGCUGCGCCGCGCCGAGCGGGAGGACGACGGGGCGCUCGAGCGGGCCGCGCGCGCGGUGGGCGUCAAGCGCGCGUGCUUCCGCGGGGUCGCGGCGGACGGCGCCGCCGCGCCGCCGGCGCCUCCAAGGACGGUGCGCGCAACAAAGACGUGGACGGGCCUUGGGAGCGCGCUGUUGGCGGCGCGGGCGGCGCUCGCGCGCGACGCGCGGGCCGGCCGCGCGACGCUCGACCACCCCGUCGCCGUGGAGUGGAUCGCCGAGAAGAAGAAGGCCGAGGCGGCGCAGGCGAAGAAGCCGGCCGAGGCGCCCGGGGAUGAGAAAGCCAACGAGGGCAAGGACGACGAGAAGCGGCCGCGGCGCGGCGCGCGGCGCCGCGGCGCCGCGCCGACGGAGGAGAAAGAGGAGGACGACGCCGUCGCGGAGCUGCCGCUCGCCGCGCGCGUCUUCGGCGCGCUCCUCGACGGCGCGCCGCCCCCCAAGCCGCCCGACGGCGUCGCCGCGGCCUGGUUCGCGCGCGCGCCGGCGGCGCCGGGCGCCGCGGCCGCGGCCGCCGCCGCGCCGCCGUCCUUCGCCGCGCCGCGCCGCGUCCGCGACCACCUCGCGGCGUUCGUCGCCGCGGCGGCGCGCGCCGAGGCCGCGUGGGCCGCGGACGACGCGCGGAAGGUCUUCGCGGAGGCCGUCGCGGCCGUCGACGGCGCCCUGGACCCGGCCGCGCUCGUGGCGCUCGCCGAGGUCGAUAGUUCCGCGCUUGCGCGCGCGAGGCUCGACCCGCGGACGGCGGACCGCCCGGACCUCGCGGCGCGGCUCCACUGGCUGGCCGCCGAGGGCGCGGCGGCGCGGGGCGACGCUUUUGUUGCGCGGGCCGAGUUCCAAGCCUGCGCGCGGGCGCUCCUUAAGCACGGCGGCGUCGACGCCUGUGUGGAAAUCAACCAGUGUGACGGGUGCACCGACAAUUCUUCACUAAGUCGUUUCUCGGCGAUGACGCGGCCGUCCUGGCUCUGUCGAGCGGUGAGGAACCGGCAUCACCACGCCAUCGAGCAGGCGUCGCGUCGAUGGCGUGGAGGCCGACGCGACGAUUCAGCACGAACGCGCCGUAAAAUUUUGAUUUCCGCACAGGUCGACGCCGUCGUCCACCGCUGGCCCGCGGGCGAACCGCGCCUGAGCGGCGCGGCCGUGGCCCACCAGCUCGCGGUCCUGGCCCGACGCGAGGGCGAUUCUCGGCUCGGCGACGGCCUCGCGGCGGCCGCGGCUGCGGGCGGUGCGGCGCUCUGGCGCGAGGCCCGGCGGCUGCGGGCGCGCGACGCGGCCGGGUUCGCUGGUCUGCUCGCGGGCGACGCUCUGCGCGGCGCGGGCGUGCUCGAGGCGCUCUGCGCGGCCGUCGGCGGCGCGACGGACGUCGCGGCGGACGCCGCGGCGAUUGCGCGGGCCGCCGCCGCCGACCGCGCGCGGGCGGGCGAGGCCCUCGACGCCUGCGUCGCCGUGCUCGACGCGCUCGCGCGCACGCCGCCCCAGGCGGCGCGGGCGACGUUCGGCCGCGGGGCGCGGGACGCGGACGCCGCGGUCGCGGUCGCGGCGACGGCCGCUCGCCUCCGCUCGCUCCUGGACACGACGGCCGCGCGCGCGGCCGUCGCCGCGGCCGGCGGCGACGCCGUCCGCGCCGCGCUAGCGCGCACGGUGGCCGUUGCCGCGGCCGGCAGCCGCGCCGACGCGGUUCUCGACGCGCUCGUGGCGGCGGCGGCCGUCGACGCGGUGCUCGGCGGCGCCGCCGCGCGGGACGCCGUCUCGCACGCCGCGACGGCCGCCUGCGCGACCUGCGCGGCGGCGCUGGGCGCGGCGGUCCGGGCCCGGAACGACCCCGAGGUGCUGAGCGCGGCCGCGUGCGGUGAGGCGCUGCUGCAGGCCAUGGGCCCGCCGGCCGCGCGGCGCCACCUCGCGGCGGCGGCGGCGCUCCUCGGGGCGCUCGAGCGCGCGCGGGACAAGCCGCGGCUCGCGAACCUGCGGUGUCGCGCCGCCGCAGCCGCCGUCCGCGCGGCCGAGGCGGUCGAUCCGGCGCGGGCCCCGGCGGUCGUGCGUGACCUCCUGGAGCACCUCGCGGCGCGCAAGUGCGUCGACGCCGGCGACGCGGCCUUCCUGCGCGCCGCCUGCGGCCUCUUCGCGGAUCGCGCGGCGCGCGCCGCGCCCGGCCGCCGGCCCGUGCUCGCGCGGGACGAGGAGCACGCGGCGGCCCAGUGCUUCUACGAUUUGAUCGGGGCCAAGGUGCUGCGUGACGCCUGCGCGGGCCACGUCGUCUCCGAGGCCGCGCGGAAGCGCCGCGCGAAGCACUUCGAGGCCCGCGACGGCUUCGCGCUCUUCGCGGCGCCCCUGGUCCUGCGCGACCGCACCGCGGCCGACGAGCCGCCGCCGCCCCUCGUGGGCCGCCGGGACCUCCUCGAGACGCUCAACGGCGCCGCCGGCGCCGCGGCGCGGCUCGCGCGGCGCACGGUCGACGACGACGACGUCGACGCGUACCUGUUCGCGCAGAAGGACGCGCCGCAGCACUGGCCCGGGGCCCUCCUGGCGGGCGUUUACGAGGAGUCGCCGCCGGAGGACGACGACGCGAGUGUCACGGUUCCGGACGACGACGCCGCCGCGGCCGCCGCGGACGACUACGUGGCGGAGAUCAUGGCGCGGCGGUUGAUGGGGCGGGACAAGGAGGCGGCGCAGGAGGAGGCCAAGGCGCCCGCGAAGCGCGAGGCCGCGCUGCUCGACGCCGCGGCGUGGUGUGCGCGCGCCUGUGCCUGUCGGCCGCGGGACGCAAGGCGCUGGCUCGCGCUGGCGCGCUGCUACGAGGACCUGGCCGCGCCGCUGCUGGCGCUCGGUGACCUGGGCGAGCCGUUCGCCGCGGCGCCGCCGAAGCGGCCCCUCAAGGCCGUCGCGCGGCUGCCGUACGCGGCGUCGACGGACGCGGCGCUCCAGUUCGCGGCGCCCUACGCCGCGCCCGGCGAGCUGCGCGCCGAGGCCGCCGCGACCGUCGGCGCCGCGCGCCUCGAGGCGGCGAAGCGGGCCUACGCGCUCGCGCACGCGACUUCCGGAGACGCGGCGGCCGCGGCGGCCGCCGCGCUCGCGCGGGGCCGCCUGCGCUACGCGGACCUGCGGGAACUGGCGCUGCGCGGCACGUCCAUGCCCACGCGCCAGGCCGCCGGCGACGCCCAGCGCUGCUUCGAGGCCGCGUCACUAAUAGGCGACGCGGCGCAAAAGGCCUUUGCGCUCGUCAUGCUCGGGAAGAUCGCGUGGCGGUCCGACGACUACGACCUCGACGAGCGGCGCCGCGACGCCAUCGUCCUCUUUCGCCGGGCGUACGACGCGCUGCCGGCGACGGGAAAACCCACGGGAAGGGACGACCCGUACCCCUGCUACCGCCUGCACGCGGCGCGGCUCAAGGUUGCGCUGGACGCGGCGGCGGGCCGCGUCACGCCGCUGGCGCUGCAGGCGUGCCGCGAGACCGCCUUCGGCGCAAGCGACGGCUCCGUCGCGUCGAUCGUCGAGGACUGCGUCCGGGCCUUCGAGGCCUGCCGGAAGCAGGACCCCUACCACGCGCGGGCUGCCCACUCCCAGGCCGUGGCCGCGCGUGCCCAGCCGACGCUCAGCCUCGCGGCGACGGCGACGGCGUCGUCGAACCGCUUCUGCGCCGAGGCGGACGCGCGGCGGCUGCAGGAGCGGACGCGCGUCGCCGUGCGACGCGGCGCGGCGGCGGCGAAGGACGUCCUCGAGAAGGCCCUCUUCAGCGGCAAGCGGCCGCAGGUCGUCGCGCUCUGGCGCGUCGAGGGCGACGCUGCGACGCCCAGGGAGUGCCUCGACGCGGACCACCGGCGCUACGACCGGACGCGGUUGAAGUACGUCGCGCUCUUCGCCGACGUGCUCGUGGACCUGGGCGACCACGGGCGGCUGCGAGAUCUCGAACAUCAGAUCUGCCAGGCGCGCGAGCGGUCCCGGUGCACGGAUUUGAUGGUCGAUUGCUCGCGGAACGCGCGCCUGCGGGCCGUGGUGGGCGCGCUCGACGACGACGACGGCGGGGCCCCGCUCGCGCUGGCGGCCGCGGCGGCGCUGCGCGGCGACCGCGGCGCGCUCAAGCGCCUGCCGGCCCCGCUCGCGUUGGGCGCGGUCGCCGACGCCCUUUUCGUGGAAGCGGCUCGGAAGGCGAUGCCGGGCCUUCUGACCGCGGCGGCGUCGCCCGCCGAGGCCGUCGAGGCGGUGCGGACGCGGUGGCCGGCGCUCGUCCCGUCGUAG